CCUUUGGUUCCUCGGACCUCGCCUGUUCCUGCUGGUGCUGAGCGUCGGUCGGUGGGGUUUAUAACAGAAAAGCUGUAAAAUAAUAAAAUCCUGUGAAAGUUCCUACAUUUUUGGCCUCAUUUACAUUUUCCAAAGAUUUCCAGUGGGCCGGGUGGGGGUCUUUGACAAGCCAGUUGUGGCCCCCAGGCCUGAUAUUGGACACCCCUGUGCAGACCAAAGAUCACUCAGUGCUGAGAGCAGCUGCUGCUCCAUCAGCAGGAAGCUCUGACAUCAGCUCUCACAAUAAAAAACAUUAUAACGGAUGUUCGUACAACUUAUUAUCAUGUUAUUACAAUAUUGUAAUAACAUGAUAAUAUGUACAAACAUGAAACCAUAUGUUAGAACGAUAAAGGUUUCAUGUUAUAAUGUGAUACAGCUCUAACAGUCCACUUACUAACACUUUUGUUUUUACAACGCAAGCUUCAUGGAGUUCAUGUUACUGUUCUGAGUGUAAGUGCAGCUGCUCACCAGCAGGUGGAGCCACUGCUUCAGACAAACUUGAAUAUUGUUGUUUAAAAAGUAAUAAACACUGUUUUAGGGAGCACUUUGAUGAGGUUAAUAACUAAAUAACUAAAAAACAUGCAGUGCUUGUGACAUUUGCAUUUCUUCAACCAAUCAAAAUCUUUCAUCAAUAUAAAAAUGCCUCACAGACCCAAACAAAGUCAGGUCCCUGAUCCGCACAGGUUCAGGUUUUUGGGGUCCUCACAAGGAUAGAAGAACAAGUUCAUGUGUUUGUGUGUGUGUGGGUCAGCUGUUGUCCCGUACUGUUGGUGUGAAACCAGAUCCAGGACCUUCAGAAAGCUUGGAGGGGAAGGACCGUGCUGCACACGGCAGUCAGAGGGAGGAGAUAAUGACGGAGUGGAGGAGUGUCUGUCCGAGGCUCAGUCUGCUCAGCAGUUAGUCUCAGUGUGUCUGCCUCACUGUCAGCAUGGAGGAGCGUCGCUGUGGAUUAUUGAUCAUCACCUUUCUGCUGCACGUCCACUGUUUGCACUCAGUUUACAUCACCCAGAGCACAGAUUCUCUCCAUCAGGUUCUGUCGGAGUUCGCCAUCAUUCGUCCAAUCAGGACAGACUCAGAGGGGCGCUUCCUGUCAGGUUCCAUCUCAGCUCGCCAGCUACAUCGCAGGAAAAGACACGCCCCCUCAUCAGAGGACACACCCACCGACUUUAAUGACAGACAUAUGGACACACCCUUUUCACAACAGGCUCCGCCCAGUCACGGUUGGUGGGGGCAGAGUCACAUGACAGAGGAGGUGGAGCUUUUCUAUAAUGUGACUGCCUUCGGGCAGGAAUUGCACCUACACCUGCAUCCCAACUCUCGCCUCGUCGCCCCCACCGCCACCAUGGAGUGGGAGGAGUCAGGACAGCACCACUCUCAGCCAAUAGAAGACACCGGCUGCUUCUACACGGGAACUGUGUCCAACAUGGAGGGUACGUCAGUCGCCAUCAGCAACUGUGACGGACUGGCAGGGAUGAUCCGCACCGGCGAGGAGGAGUUUUUCAUCGAGCCGCUGGAUCGAUGGAGGCUGGGAGGAGGAGGAGAGGAAGAGGAGGUGGAGGAGGAGGGACGGCGGCACAUCAUUUAUCGCUCCUCGGCCGUGAAGAAGAACUCAGCUGUCAAUCACACAGCUGAUGACUUCGUCCAAGGUUAAUGAAAUCUAUCGAGACCACUCACUGGGUGCCAACAUCAACGUUGUCCUGGUCAGAAUCGCCCUGCUGUCACCAACCAAGUCCCAGGAGCUGAUUUCUGUGGGGAAUCCUCAGAAGAGUUUGGAGAACGUAUGUGGAUGGUCGUAUCUCCAGCACAGAGAGCAGAGUCUCGCUGAGCAGCACGACCACACCAUCUACCUGACCAGGCAGGAGUUCGGCCCCACCGGCAUGCAGGGUUACGCUCCAGUUACGGGCAUAUGCCAGCUGCAUCGAAGCUGUGUUCUCGUCUUGGAGGACGGAUUUUCUUCGGCCUUUGUAGCUGCACACGAAACAGGACAUCUAUUGGGUAUGCAACACGACGGCGAGGCGAAUGACUGCGGUGACGACGUGCCUUUGGGCAGCAUCAUGUCUCCGCAGGUUCAGGCCACCUUCCACCGUUACCACUGGUCGAGGUGCAGCUGGAGGGAGCUGCACAAGUACCUGCACACGUACGACUGUCUGCGUGACGACCCGUUCAACCACAACUGGCCGGCUCAGCCUCAGCUGCCGGGCUUCCAGUACUCCAUGGACCAACAGUGCCGCUUCGACUUUGGACCAGGAUACAGUCUCUGUACCGCAUACACGAACACUGACCCCUGCAAACAGCUGUGGUGCAGCGACUACAACAACCCGUUCUACUGUAAGACCAAGAAAGGCCCGCCCCUCGACGGGACCAAGUGUGGGCCGGGGAAGCAUUGUUUCAGAGGUUACUGCAUGAAGCUGACCCCUAACCUUCUGAGACAAGAUGGCGGCUGGGGGUCGUGGAGUCCAUAUGGCAGCUGCUCCCGGACAUGUGGGGGCGGGGUCAGGUUUCGGACCCGACAUUGUGACAACCCAAUUCCGGCCAACGGGGGGCGCACCUGCUUCGGAAACACCUACGAGUUCCAGCUGUGCAGCCAAGAGAACUGCCCCCCACUGACAGACUUCAGGGAGGAUCAGUGCAAAGUCUGGAACCCUGUUUUUGAACACGAGGGGCGGAAACACCACUGGCUGCCGUACCAACACCCUGACCCUGACGAGCGCUGCCGUCUGUACUGUCAGUCGAGGGAGACGGCGGCCGCAGUGUCAAUGAAAAGAAUGGUGCAUGAUGGGACGCCAUGUUCCUAUGACGACGUCUACAGUGUCUGCGUCCGAGGAGAGUGUGAGCACGUUGGCUGCGAUGGUCAGAUUGCUUCAGACAAGCAGGAGGACCGAUGUGGAGUGUGUGGAGGAGAUAACUCCAGCUGUAAGAUCGUCAAAGGAAACUUCACCCGCAGCACCAAGAAACAAGGUUACCUGAAGAUCCUGGAGAUCCCCAAAGGAGCUCGACACCUGCUGAUCCAGGAGUUCAAGGGGACUCCUCACAUCCUGGCCAUGAAGAACCAGGACACAGGUCAUCUCUUCCUCAAUGACGAACACGAGCUCCCAGAAUCCAGAGUGGUGAUUGAAAAGGGCGUGGCCUGGGAGUACAGGAACACUGAAGAGGAAGAGGAGGAGUCUAUCCAAACCACCGGGCCGCUGAAGUAUGGAGUCGUGCUCAUGGUCCGUUCUCAUGGCGACUCAAAGGUGACGGUGUCCUAUAAGUACAUCAUCCAGGAUCGCCUGCGGUCCUCGCUGGAGUCCAACUUGGUGCAGGAGGACGCCAUCUUCUACGAGUGGGCCCUGAAGAAGUGGUCGCACUGCUCCAAACCCUGUGGAGGAGGAAAACAGUACACCAGGUUCGGCUGCAGGAGGAAGGCUGAUGGGAAAAUGGUUCAGAGGAUGUUCUGCUCCAAUAUCAGCAAACCGAGAGCCAUCAGUCGCAGCUGUAACCCCGAGGCCUGCAGCCCGGCACGCUGGGUGACCGGAGACUGGGAGGACUGCAGCUCCUCCUGUGGUCAGACUGGGUGGCAGCGUCGCUGGGUGAGCUGCCUGCAGAACUCCUCCAGGGGGCAGCAGCGGCGCUCUGUGCAUAGCAGGCUCUGCGGCGAUGACCGACCAGAGACUAAACAACCCUGUAACCGCUUCCCCUGCCCCGCUGUGUGGAGAGCCGGGCCCUGGACUCCGUGUUCGGUCUCGUGUGGGAACGGGACUCAGGAGCGUCAGGUCGCGUGCUCCAAUCCCGAGAGUUCAGCUGGAAACUGCAGCGAGCCUCGGCCAAUCACGACACGCACCUGCCUGGCUCCGCCCUGCGGUGGUGACCAGAAGAAUGCCAUCAUUCAGUGGCUGUCCAGGUCCAACCCCAGCUUCCCGGCUCCAAAGAUCUCUUCAAGGCAGCCGUGCCGCGGCGACCGCUCGGCGUUCUGUCGAAUGGAGGUGCUGAGUCGGUACUGCUCUAUCAUCAGAUACCGCCAGAUGUGCUGCAAGUCCUGUAGUGAGGAUAACUUCAACAAUGCCACGAAAUCCAGAAUCUCCAGCAACUUCAGUGGCACCAUCACACUGAUGGAGAACAGCAGUUCUUGGAGGUUGACCACAGAGAUCAUGACGUCAGCGCUCACCUCUACCUGGUCCGACAGCAGCCAUGCCAUCAGUGAUGUCUUUCGUGACAUCAUCACCACCACCCCGACGCGCAGCUUCACUGUAACUCCACCCCCAACCAGACGGAGCACCGGUGACUUUGUCUACGUGGAUUAUGAUGAGUACAGCGAGUACUCUUCCUACGAGGAUUCCUCCGGCCUGAAUGAGCUUCCGGUUACCAUGGAGACUGUUGACACUGAAGACCAAACGCCGGCGCUGGUUUGGACUUCUGCCAUCCCAGAGUUCUCCACCACAUCAUCGCCUGAUCCUGGUGACAACACCACAUCCUCAGGAAGGCGGAGCCUCCAAAGUCAAGUCAACCUGACCGAAGCUGAACCGGCGCUACCUUCAUCGUCCUUCUUCUCGCUAUCAAAGAAAGAGAACAACUCGGUGGACGAGGUCCAGUACCAGAUCGUCGGACUUGACAGCGACGUUAGCCGAGGACAGCAGAAUUACUUUGUGCCGCGGAUGCCUCAGGUCCACGAGCGAACGCAUAACAAACGCAUCCAGCAGCUCCUGAACGAGAAACGACGGCAGGACCUUCUGCGGCGGCAAAGCCGCAUCAGAGCGAGCCGGACUGACAGGAAGCACUGAGCGCAGAUUUCCCCUGGCCAUUUGCUCGUCCCGACACGUGCGACGUCACACUUCCUGCUAACGCUAAUGAGAAACAGACUGAAACAACCUCCACCUGUGCUCGGAGCGGCCUUCGUCCACGAGAGGCGCGAGCGUGGACUCGAUCCUCAGAAGGCCCCGGGUCUGUUUCACCAUCAUGAUGUUUGUACCAAUAAUCCUGUUUCUGAAUAAAGUCUCAUCCAGCUGCUGCUGUGCCUCUGAAUCAUGAACAUCUGGAUCACGUUCACGCUUUCUGGUGUCAGGAACAUUUUGUGCUUUUGUCUUCUCUGAAACCCGACUGAUGAUUUCUGUUUGUGAAGUCAAAAUAAAAUCCAGCCCUGUUUUUACCAUGAAAA